UCACUAGAUCCAUGAUUUAAAAAAAUAAAAGACCCAAAACACAUCUCCAACGACGAAAACCCUGAAACUACGCACUGAAACUCACGCUGCCACCACUGAAACCUAAAAAUGAUGCUACCACUUUGCUCUGUUCCAGCAACGAUCUGCUCCGGCAAUGGUCUUCUCAGCGUCAUUCACCCCGAUCGACUGGAAACUUCUCCAUCGAGAUUGUGUGUUAUGAACUGAGACGCUCUCCUUGUUGUCUCCUCUAGUGACGAUCUCUCCAGCGACGAUCUCCUCUGGCAAUGUUCUCCUCUGGUGGCGCGUUCUCCUCCGGCGACGCGUUCUCCUCCGGCUAUAAUAUACUCGAUUGAGCUACCGUGCCGCGAACUGAAACGAUGUCACUGUGUGAGAGCAAGGUUGAAACAAAGAUCUCCUCCAAUGAUAUUCUCCUCCUGUGACGAUCUCCUUCGGCGGUGUUCUCCUCCGACUACAGCCUCCUUCAUCGAGCUACUAUGCUUCAAGUUUUUCCUUCCGUCGAGAUUCUUAGGUUUUACCAGCAGCGUGAAGAAGGAAAAAGAAGAAAGGUUCACACUGAUGCUGAUGGCAGUGAAACAAGGUGGCACAAAAUUAUCGCAUAUAUAUAUGCACUUCUAUUGGAAUACAACGACUAUGUUCCUCCAAAUAAAGAGUUGCUUGAGAUGCUAUGCGAAGAAUACGGUGGUCAUGUUGAUCUUGCAAAAGCUUAUUACAAAGCACUUACAGAUUCUAUGAAGAAGCAUUUCAAAGGCAAUGGAGUCAUUUCAGAGCGAUUCUUUGUCAAAGCAAUUGAAAGAAGCUGGAAUUCCACAUGAGGUUCUUAAUGCAAAACCAGAAAAUGUUGAGAGGGAAGCAGAGAUUGUAGCUCAGAGUGGUCGGCUUGGGGCCGUGACAAUUGCUACCAACAUGGCUGGUCGUGGGACAGAUAUAAUUCUUGGCGGUAAUGCUGAUUUUAUGGCAAGAUUAUUAAAGCUUCGUGAGAUACUGAUGCCUAGAGUUGUCAAGCCAGAUGAUGGAGUCUAUGUAUCAAUAAAGAAACCUCUUCCCAAAAAGACUUGGAAGGUGAAUGAAAAGUUGUUCCCAUGCCAACUAUCAACUAAAAAUACUGAGUUAGCUGAGAAGGCGGUGCAGUUAGCAGUUAAAACAUGGGGCCAGAGAUCAUUAACUGAGCUUGAAGCAGAGGAGUGCCUAUCCUAUUCAUGUGAGAAGGGACCUGCUCAAGAUGAAGUCAUUGCUGAGCUGAGAAAUGCAUUUCUAGAAAUUGUUAAGGAAUAUAAAGUCUUUACUGAGGAAAAGAGGAAGAAGGUUGUGGCAGCUGGUGGACUGCAUAUAGUUGGCACAGAGCGCCAUGAGUCCCGGAGAAUUGAUAAUCAGGGUCUCAUGCGAGCUUUCAGAGUUGAGGACCUACCUAUUGAGUCAAAGAUGUUGACUAAAGCAUUAGAUAAAGCCCAAAGGAAAGUGGAGAACUACUUCUUUGACAUUCGGAAACAGUUGUUUGAGUAUGAUGAAGUGCUAAACAGCAAAAGAGAUCAUGUUUAUACAGAGAGAAGACGAGCACUUGAAUCUGAGUAUCUUCAGUCUCAUCUUAUUGAAUAUGCUGAAUUGACAAUGAGUGAUAUUAUAGAGGCAAAUAUUGGUUAGACUUGGUAGAUAAUCAACUCACAGGGCCUAUUUCAGUUUCAACCUCCACCACCCCUGGAUUAGACCAACUUCUAAAGGCUAAGCACUUCCAUUUCAAUAAGAACCAGCUUUCAGGUGCCCCCAAACUUUUCAGCUCUGACAUGGUGCUCAUACAUGUAUUAUUUGAAGGAAA